CGCAGGGGCGAAGGGGGCAGCUGCGCACGCACUGGUGUCUCAGGUAUGUGGUGAAACACCCAUCGUCAAUCUUGAAAUUUAUUCGAGUUUUUUUUUGUCUGUUCGGUGUUGAUCAUUUUUUUAUGGAAUUCCACUCGAGAGAUUAGAGGGCAUAUGCAUGUGGUCUGCUGCCAACGGCGAUGAUAUGAAAUUUUGACGAGUACUGUGAAUCCCCGAGGUAAUCACGAUGGGGAAUACACGACUGCUGGAAUGUCCAUCACGUGACGUCAAUACCCCAGUCACAAGUAUUUUGAGUGAGUGUGUGUUGACGAGGUAAAUUACAACACUACUAAUAACAUAACCUAGUUCCAAGUGUACCACAAACGCAAUGGAAAAUCAACAAAUUGAGAUGAAUCAGGAUUCAUCAUAAACUGUAAAUGGCAUCAUAAACUGUAAAAUUCACCAUAAAAUUCAUCGAAAAAUCGUGGAAGAUGUCGUACAUUCAGUUUGAGAGUUCAAGGGCGAAGGAUGCCGAGAGGCAGGCCAUAAGAGACGCUCGAGAAAGAAUUCUGGCUGAGGCGGAGGAAAGAUAUCAUAAGAGAGAGGCACAGAGUGAGAGAGCUCGACAGCGUGGAGAUGACAAGUGGAUGUUGCCUUCAGUGGAUGCAAAACUGUCUGAAAAAUCCAAGAAGAAGAAGAAAAAGGAGAAGAAAUCGAAGAAAAAGAAGAAACGAAGGAAGAGCUCCUCAGACUCUUCCAGUGAUUCAUCUGAAGAGAAAGAAGACGAGUGGAUCGAAAAAUGUCCUUCAGAAUCCUCGAAAAAUCCGCCUGAACCACUGGAGCGAGACGAGUGGAUGAGCCUCUCAGGCGCCUUUUUCUGUGCUCCAAGAGAGAAAAAACCUAAGAAAGAAGAGGUGAACAAGCAAACGUGUAUCUUGGACAAGCCCGGUCAGAACUCAAGGGAAUUGAAUCCCCACUGGAAGAAUGGGGGAACGGGUCUUCCAGAAGAAGAUAAAAAACCCAGGAUCAUGAAUCCUGAAUGGCUCAAGAAGAGUCUUCAGCGAGCAAAGGAGCAGGCGGAGGAGGAGGGAAGAUCCCUGGAAGAAAUCGCUGCAGAGCGAUGGGGCUCUCUUGACGCGAUUAAAUCAAUGAUAGAGGAGGCAGAGCAGAACUGCAGACCUUCAGGAUCCUCUCGACGACAGUACGACGUCGACAGGCACAGGAGACACUACAGAGAUCGCAGCAGGAGUCGUUCGAGGAGCAGAGAGAGGAGACGAAAUAAUUUCCAAGAUUGGAAAUCACCUGAUAACAAACGAAAACCAGCAUUCAAGAUGCCAGUGAACGACGCUGGAAAUGGGAUCUCUCAUUCCUCUGGAAGAUCUGUUUCAUCGAGAAAAGGCUGGAGGAAACCUGAAGCUAAUGAUGGCAUUAAACUCCAGGAGUCUCCAUCAGGAUCAAAAUCUCAUCGAAAAGAAAAAUCGAGUGAAGAUGAAGAUUCAUCUUCAGGGGAAGAACCACCGAAAGCAUUGGAAAACGAAACCCUCAUGUCUGAGGAUGAAAUGAAUAAACUCGGGGCUAAGAUAGUGAAAGCUGAGAUAUUGGGGGACAUGGAACUAGCUCAGGAGCUGAAGGAAAAAUUGGAGAGAGCCAGGAAGAUGAGAAAAUUGACGCCCAAGUCGUCUGAACCUGAACGAGAAAGAGAAAAGGAUGUGAUACUGACUGUGACCAAUUCCAAGGGGAUGUCGAAGCCUCUGGAGCCUCGAAGUCGUUACGAGGAGCCCCAGGGCGGCAGGAGGAAGAGUAAAAAAGUUGAGACUCACGACAAGGGUCAACGGGUGCGAUACUUUGCGGAUGACGAUAAAUACAGUCUUCAGGAGAUGUUCGAGAGAGAAAAAGGGGAUUCGGGGAGUCGAGGUAAAGAUGAAUCCGUCUUUGUGAAGAUGGCUUCGAAGAGCAUGGACAUGGACGAACUGUUCGAGCAGAAUAUCACUAGGGGUGAAAGCGAUGCUAAACAGGAUUUGAGGGACAAGACGAGGGCCAUCAAGGAACACAACAGGAUCGAGAAGAGUUUGGAGAGCUGUAGAUUGUGCUUUGAUUCCAAGGAGAUGUUGAAGCAUCUCAUCGUUGCUAUGGGGCACAAAAUGUACCUGACUCUUCCCCCUCACGUGUCUUUAACUCCUGGGCAUUGUAUUAUUGCUCCGAUUCAUCACAGUCCUUGUCAGACACAACUGGAUGAAGACAUUUACGAAGAACUGAAGACUUUCAAGAAGGCGAUAACUAAAAUGUGUGCAGAUAAUCAGGAAUAUCCGGUAUUCUUUGAAGUUGCUAUGGGUCUGCAUAGGUUCCCUCAUAUGCAGCUGGAGUGUGUGCCCAUGCCUGAAGAGGUGGGCAGCAUGGCUCCAAUGUACUUCAAGAAAGCCCUUCUCGAGUGCGAAAUGGAGUGGUCCACUAAUAAAAAAGUUGUCGAUUUGUCUAAAAAAGAUGUUAAACAGUCGAUCCCCAAAGGUCUGCCGUACUUCAUGGUCGACUUUGGUGAUCACGGGGGGUUCGCUCAUGUCAUUGAGGAUGAGAAAUUAUUCCCCAGGAAUUUUGCUCAGGAGAUCAUUGGGGGCAUGAUGGACUUGGAUUCUAGUAUGUGGAGAAAGCCUAGACGAGAGAAUUUUGAAGGUCAGAGGAAGAAAGUUGUUGAAUUUGCUGACAAGUGGAAAAAAUACGACUUUACGAUUUAAAAUUAUUGUACAUUUAUGAAUAAAUAGAUUUUUUAAUUGAACUGAAUUUUAG